UUUUCCCUAAUUAGGUAUUUACAUAUUUUUUCCGAAUUUCAAUCCAACAAUGCAACCCUGUAAACUUUCUAUAUAAAUGAGAAGUUAUAGCCGCUUAACAUAUUUUCAUGUACAAUCAAUAAACUAAUGUCAGACACAGCCAUGACUACCCCUAAUUCUAAAGUUAGUCUGAAGUUCAUUAUCGAUCCAAAGGCUAACAAAGUCCUAUUCGCAGAGGCCGAGAAAGAUUUUGUUGAUUUUCUGUGCAGCCUUCUCUGUAUGCCUUUAGGUGCCGCGAUUAAUCUUUUCAAAGGCGCGCCAACGUUUGGCUCCAUCGAAACUCUAUACAAUAGUAUUCGAAACCUGAACGAGGUUCACAUGCACCCGAAUCACAAAAACAAAGACCUGCUCUUGAAACCCGGUCUGCCUUACACGCCUUAGAUUUGCAUCUAUUCCCGUCUGAUGCAGCUCCACAACGAGUAUACCGUUGUUCAAGCAUUGGAUGCAAAAAUAAAGAUAUCACAUACUGCAAAGGUACAAGUUGCGGGUGUGGCCAAGCAACAAUGAGUUCGCCAGCGACUGUCGCAGGUAGAAAAGGCGUAAAUUAUUAUGUGAAGCACUGUUAUGUGAAGGAUGAUAUUAAAUACAUGGUGAUGGAUGAUUUAAGUGUCUUACCCAUAGCCUCAAUUGAAUCCUGUUUUGAUGUAUUAAGCAAUAUGAAUGUCAAGGACGUUGCUACUCUUCGAAAAAUAGUUGUUGAGGUUGGGCCUAAUGAGGUUGUAGAGUUGCUGAGGGGUUCUCUUCAUUCAAAGGAAGUUCUCACAAAUGUGCUCUUACCGAAGCCAAGCACUAAGGAUGAGAAGCUUGAUCAAUAGUAGUGAUCGACAAUGGAUUUUUCAUGUUUCAUUCAGUUGGGCAGUUUUAGAGCUAUCUUUAUUAUUGAAAAAAUUGUUUAAAAUUCUAAAUUUAAUAGUUUCGUUUCAAUUUUAUACGUUUUUUUCAUUUAAGUUA